CCGCCGUCGAAGCGGCCGCGAUCCGAGUCGACGACGCCCGGGGAAGACGCAACGCGCAAGUACUGCAUCGGGAAGCUCGCGGACGUGCUCGUUCCCGUGUUCAAGCGGCACCCCGUGGUCGAGGGCGGCGUCGAGAAGGCGCCGGAAGAGCUCGACGAGGAGGAGACGGCGUUCGUGGAGGAACGCGCGCGCGCGUACGCGGCGGAGCUGGAGCGGUGCGUGUUCGAGACGUACGCGGAGCCCGACAAGUUUGGAAAGGCGAGCGCGGCGGGAAAGUACAAGGAGCGCUUCCGCAUGCUCACGUUCAACUUGCCGCACGCCAACCGCGUGCCGCUGCACAAGCGGAUCACCUCCGGCACCCUCUCGCCCAGGGAGCUCUCGUCGAUGUCCUCCAACGACCUCGCCUCGGAAGAGGAGCAGCAGAGUAUCCGCCAGGCCGAGCAGGAGUCGCUCGCGCACUCGAUCCUGCAACGCGCGGUGCUCCCGCGCGCCAAGAUCACGCACAAGGGCCUGCAGGACAUCGAAGUGGACGAUCCGGGCGUCGGCUCGAGCGUCGAUCUCGCGCGCGACGUCGGCCUCCCGCCGCUCCUGCCGUCCACUCGCCCGCCCGUGCGGACGGCAUCGGGAUCGGUCCCACCAGAGAGCCCGGUAGUGCACACGCCGGUAUCGGCGACGUGGGGCGCUCCCCCGCCCCUCCCGCUUGACGGGAUGGCGAGCGAGCACCACCAACACCACCACCACCACCAUCCCGGGUCUGGAUCGGGUGGGAUGUCUGCGCACCCGCUUUAUUCCCCCGCGGAGCCUGAUUUCUCGCAGUCGCACGUCGAAGGCGAGUUGAAUCUGGACGAUCUCAUACACAUGGACGACGAGCUGGCGGACGCCGCCGCCGGGCCGUCGGGUACGACACCGACCGCGUCGCAAACCCGGAGCACCCCGGAGGGGUCGCCGCCAGCGACUGUCCCUGGCCUUGUCUCCGCACCUACAUUGACCGGAAUCUCCCCGUUCGCCGCGAGCAUGCCAGACAUGCCUCCGCGCGCGUCGUUCGACCUGAACGCUCUGUGGACGGCGCCGAAGGCCGAAGAGCCGGCCGCCCGGCCGCUCACGCCGUCGCCGCAGCCGGACGCGUCGCAGGCUGGAGGGCCCCACAGGGAUGGGGACGUGCAGAUGGACGGCGGGCCGGGGAGCGUCGAGGGGAUGGAGGACGUGGCUGAGCCUCAGGACCAGGACUUUGAUAUGUUCCUUGGGAAGGACGAGGACGAGAAGCCUGCGCCUGUCGCGCCGACGCCACAAGAAGUGUUCGAUGCACUGCCGCAGGUGUGGUCUGGCGUGCUGAACAUGCCCUUGGACUCGACCAUCCCUCAGGAGACACACGUCUUGGCACGACAGAUCGGUGGCAGGCCGCUCGAGCAGAGCUCUGCACUGUGGCGGACGCUGUUCCCCGCCGAGACGCUCCGCAUCGAAGGCCGCGUUCCUGUGCAGAAUACGGCGCAGUACCUGGUCACUUCGCGAAUGAACGCGUUGAAGGAGUACAUCGCUGUGGCGUUCACGCCGAGCUCGGACGCGGACCACAACGGGUUCAAGCUGCUCGGCGAGUUCCUCAUCAAUAAAGAUCGGCAUGGACUCAUCUUUCCGUGGGGACAACGAGGAAAGGACUGGGGAAAGGAGCUCUACGUCAUCCCCUUGCUCGCCUCGCAUCCCAUACCGGAGUAUGUCGAACUUCUGGACCACCUCCGGCUGCCAAGAGAGCGGAGCACAGACUGCAUGGUAGGCAUCUGGGUAUUGAACAGGGGCAAGCUUGCGCCACCUCCACCACAGAUCAGUCAACAGCCGCCACCAGUGCAAUUGCCGUUCUCCCUCCCUCUUUCUCUCCCCUCCCUCUCCAGGGUCACUCCUCCCUACAACACACAGCCGAUGUUCCUUCCCCACGCUCCCAGUCCCGCCAUUCCGGGCCUCGCGAGUCUCAUCGAGCCGGCGACUUUGGCAGCCGAAGUCGCCUCGCUCACGCCGGAGCAGAUCUCGCUAAUGAUGGAAGCCCUGCGCAAAACUGUCAACCUCGCCCCGCCCCCACCCGCUCCUGCUCCUGCCCCUGGUCCUCAACCAGGCCCGUCGCACUUCCCCCCCUACCCACAGCAACCGAUAAAUCAACCUUGGCCCCAGAGCAUCCCCGGCUUCCUUACUUCCAACUCCCCGGGGAAUCCAUCUGCGCCUCCUCCGAACAGCCUCGGGCCUCCCCCGCCGUCCUUCAACCCUGGCCCAUAUCACCCCCGACAAGAACAGUACGGUGAUCCGCCACCCGGUGCGCCAUACGGUCGAGGCGGCCAGAGCGAACGCGGGCCCCGCGGACCCCGCGUCCGCGCCCGCGGUGGCCGUGGAAGGGGAAACGACGACUUUCGACGGUCUUCUGACAGCGGGUGGUCCAGGCGAGGGCGAGGACGUGGCGGUUCGAGUGGCGUAGGAUCAGGAUCGCCAGAACGC